GGGCUGGGAAAAAUCUUUGGGAAGAUGGGAUGCCUUCAUCUUGCUGGUGGAAGCGCUGUUUCCACUACUAGGAGUAAAGACCAGUAAAGACAGAGCAGGAUGAAAAGAUGGCUGACUUCUUGUUACCACCGGGUACUAACAGCUUCCACCGGUUCACGCCCGAGUCCUUGGCUGCCAUCGAGAAGCGAAUUGCAGAGAAGCUCGCAAGGAAUGCCAAGCAGGAAUACAGAGAGCAGCUGGGCGAGGAAGAGAAACCUCAGCCUCAGUUUGACUUGCAAGCUUGCAAGAAGCUGCCUGAUAUCUAUGGGACUGUUUCUCCAGAGCUCAUUGGGGAGCCCUUGGAGGACAUCGACCCUUUCUAUAAUGAUCGUAAGACAUUUAUAGUACUGAACAAAGGGAAGACAAUCUUUCGAUUUAGUGCCACUCCUGCCUUGUAUAUACUUAGUCCUUUCCAUCCAAUCAGAAGAGCAGCAAUUAAAAUUUUGGUACAUUCAUUGUUCAGUAUGUUUAUUAUGUGCACUAUUUUAACUAAUUGUGUGUUCAUGGCACAAUCAGAGACUCCGUCAUGGAAUAAAUAUGUUGAGUACACUUUCACUGGCAUUUACACUUUUGAGUCAUUGAUAAAAAUAUUGGCGAGAGGAUUUUGCAUGACAGAAUUCACCUUCCUUCGGGAUCCGUGGAACUGGCUGGAUUUCAGUGUUAUUGUUAUGGCAUACAUAACUGAAUUUGUGGACCUGGGCAAUGUCUCAGCCUUACGAACGUUCAGAGUACUGCGGGCGCUGAAAACAAUCUCAGUCAUUUCAGGACUGAAGACCAUUGUAGGGGCUCUUAUCCAGUCUGUUAAGAAACUUGCAGAUGUGAUGAUCCUGACCGUUUUCUGCUUGAGUGUCUUUGCCCUCAUAGGCCUCCAGCUCUUCAUGGGAAACUUGAGACACAAAUGUGUCAGGGAUUACACCAUGUUUAACUUCACCAAUGGCUCCUUGUACUUGGAUGGUAGGACGUGGAACAACUCAGAGGAAUUUCUUAGUGAUCCAGUGAACUAUUUCAUAAAAAAUGGUACAGAAGAUGUGUUACUGUGUGGCAACAGCACUGAUGCUGGCACAUGCCCUGAGGGAUAUAUAUGUCUGAAGGCUGGGGAAAACCCUGACCAUGGUUACACAAGCUUUGAUACUUUUGGCUGGGCUUUUCUCUCCUUGUUUCGUCUGAUGACUCAAGAUUACUGGGAACGUCUUUACCAACAGACUCUCAGAUCUGCUGGGAAGAUCUACAUGCUUUUUUUCAUGCUGGUCAUCUUUCUGGGCUCGUUUUACCUGGUCAAUCUGAUUCUGGCUGUUGUGGCUAUGGCAUAUGAGGAGCAGAACCAAGCCACUAUUGCUGAAACAGAGGAGAAAGAAAGGAAGUUUCGGGAAGCCAUGGAGAUGUUGAAGAAAGAGCAGGAGGCACUUGCCACUAAAGGAAUUGAUUCAAUGUCACUCAGCUCAUUGGAAAUGUCACCUAAAAGUGCGAAAGAAAGAAGAAAUAAGAGAAAGAAAAAGAAAUCUUUAGGGACAGAUGAGUAUGGGGAAGACCAAAGGAAUCCCAAGUGUGACUACGAUGAUGGUCAGAGGAGGAUGACUCUCCUUGGCAUUAGUUAUGGUCCCAGUGCAAACUUGGUGAAGCGCAGAACCAGCCACGGAAGCGUUUUCAGUUUCCGACUCCGUGGCAGAGACACUUGCUCCGAGACAGAUUUUGCCGAUGAUGAGAUCAGCAUCGCUGGGGAAAAUGAAAGCCACCGGGGCUCUCUCUUAAUUCCAAGAUCUGGGAGGCGUCCAAGCGUGCAAAGUCAAGUGAGCCAUAGUUCUCACCCUACUACUCCCAACUACACCCAGACGGGCAAAAGGAACAGCUCAGUGGAUUGCAAUGGUGUGGUUUCCCUGAUAGGAGGAGGCACCGGGGCACUCAACCCAGACCCUACUUCUCCUGCAGGGUUACUGCUCCCCCCAGUUAUUAUGGAAAAGCCUGGGACAGGCGACCUGACCUCCCCCUCGGACGAGGCAAGCAAGAAACAGCUUUUAAUGCCCCACCGGCCCUCAGUGGACCACUCAGACGAGCCCUUUCAGAGGCAGAGGGCAGUGAGUGCUGUCAGCAUCAUCACCAGUGCCCUGGAAGAGCUUGAGGAAUCACACCAGAAAUGUCCUCCCUGCUGGAACCACUUUGCUGUUAAAUUCCUCAUUUGGGAUUGCUGCCCACUUUGGCUUUUAAUCAAGAAAUUUGUCAAAUUUGUGGUAAUGGACCCAUUUACUGACCUCACCAUCACCCUCUGCAUUGUGCUGAACACGCUCUUCAUGGCCUUGGAGCAUUACAAGAUGACGAAGGAGUUUGAGCAUAUGCUGUACAUAGGCAAUUUGGUCUUCACUGGGAUUUUCACAGCAGAAAUGAUCUUCAAAGUAAUUGCCCUCGACCCCUACUACUAUUUCCAACAGGGCUGGAAUAUUUUUGACAGCAUAAUUGUUAUUCUAAGCCUGAUGGAACUGGGUUUGUCCAGCAUGGGAAACCUGUCUGUUUUACGCUCCUUUCGACUGCUGCGAGUCUUCAAGUUGGCAAAGUCCUGGCCGACCUUAAAUACACUCAUUAAAAUCAUUGGUAACUCAGUGGGUGCCCUCGGUAACCUCACCCUCGUGCUGGCCAUCAUCGUCUUUAUUUUUGCCGUGGUGGGAAUGCAGCUUUUUGGGAAAAGCUACUUGGACAAUGUGAAGAAGAUAAGCACGACUGGCAAUCUGCCACGGUGGCACAUGAACGACUUCUUCCACUCCUUCCUCAUCAUCUUCCGAAUUUUGUGUGGAGAGUGGAUCGAGACCAUGUGGGACUGUAUGGAAGUAGCUGGGCAGCCACUGUGCCUUCUGGUCUUCUUGUUGGUCAUGGUGAUAGGAAACCUGGUGGUGCUCAACCUGUUCCUUGCCUUGCUGCUGAGCUCCUUCAGCGCCGACAACCUCUCAGCCCCAGACGAGGACGGGGAGAUGAACAACCUGCAGCUCGCGUUCGCCCGCAUCAACAGGGGCCUUCAGUACGCCAAAAAAGCCGCGUGGAACUUCUGCUGCAACGUCCUCCGGCACCCCAAGACCACGGCUGAGAAGAAGGCGAUGAUGAAACUCGCGGCCCAGAACCCAGGAGCCCUCAACAACUGCGUGAACAGCCACACCACCACCGAGCUGGGCAAAGACAUGGAGAACCACAAGGAGAAUCGUGCUGAGGAUGGAGUGAAUAAAAAUGGAGAGAAACACCCGGCAAUUACAGAUGAUGACUUUAUGACCAAUCCUGACCUGUCCAUUUGUGUUCCUAUUGCUGUGGGAGAGUCGGAUAUCGAGGAGGAGGAUGAGGAGCAGAGCACCUUUACAGAAAUGGAGCAGAACAUUCAAAAACUUGAUGAAAUCAGUCUUUCUGAAGGCAGCACAGUGGAUUUGACAAAUCCUGCAGAACUGCUGGAGCAGAUCCCUGAGUUUGCUGAGGAGCUGAUGGAGCCUGAAGAUUGCUUCCCCGAAGUCUGUGUGAGAUUCUUCCCAUGCUGUUCAGUGGACAUCACAAAAUUUCCAGGCAAAAUUUGGUGGAGGCUGCGAAAGACCUGCUACAGAAUUGUUGAGCACAACUGGUUUGAAACGUUCAUCAUCUUCAUGAUCCUGCUGAGCAGUGGAGCCCUGGCCUUUGAAGAUAUUUACCUUGAAGAUCGAAAAAACAUAAAAACCAUGCUGGAAUAUGCUGACAAAGUAUUCACUUACAUCUUCGUCUUAGAGAUGCUCCUCAAGUGGGUGGCUUAUGGCUUCAAGAAGUAUUUCACCAAUGCCUGGUGCUGGCUGGACUUCCUCAUUGUAGAUGUCUCUUUAAUCAGCCUGGUUGCCAACACCCUUGGAUACUCCGAGAUGGGUCCCAUCAAAUCGCUCAGGACCCUCCGCGCCCUGCGGCCGCUGAGAGCGUUGUCACGGUUUGAGGGGAUGAGGGUGGUGGUGAAUGCCCUUGUGGGAGCCAUCCCUUCCAUCAUGAACGUUCUGCUCGUCUGCCUCAUCUUCUGGCUCAUCUUUAGCAUCAUGGGAGUGAACCUCUUUGCUGGGAAGUUUGGGAAGUGCAUUAAUAAGACAGAAGGAGAUAUGCCUUUGGACUCUAAAAUUAUUAACAACAUGAGUGACUGCAUACUUUACAACGUGUCGGGCACGUUUUACUGGACAAAAGUUAAAGUUAACUUCGAUAAUGUUGGUGCUGGGUACCUGGCUCUGCUACAAGUGGCCACAUUUAAAGGCUGGAUGGAUAUUAUGUAUGCAGCAGUGGAUUCAAGAGAGUGCGAGGAGCAGCCUGAAUGGGAAUUUAAUUUAUACAUGUACCUUUACUUUGUGAUUUUCAUCAUCUUCGGGUCUUUCUUCACAUUGAACCUCUUCAUUGGUGUCAUCAUUGACAAUUUUAACCAACAAAAGAAAAAGAUAAGUGGCCAGGACAUCUUCAUGACGGAAGAGCAGAAAAAAUAUUAUAAUGCAAUGAAAAAGCUGGGAUCUAAGAAACCUCAAAAGCCAAUCCCAAGGCCACUGAACAAAUACCAAGGUUUUAUUUUCGAUGUCGUCUCGAAACAAGCCUUCGAUGUCUCCAUCAUGAUUCUCAUCUGCCUUAACAUGGUUACCAUGAUGGUGGAAACAGAUGACCAAAGUCAGGAAAAAGUGAACAUCCUCCACAAAAUCAACAUGCUUUUUGUUGCCAUCUUCACCGGGGAGUGCAUCUUCAAAAUGCUGGCUCUGCGACACUACUACUUCACCAACGGCUGGAACAUUUUUGACUUUGUGGUUGUGAUUCUGUCCAUUGUAGGCACUGUACUUUCUGACAUCAUCCAGAAAUAUUUCUUCUCUCCCACACUCUUCAGAGUCAUUCGUUUGGCUCGGAUUGGCCGGAUCCUGAGACUCAUCCGGGGAGCCAAAGGAAUUCGAACUCUGCUCUUUGCCUUAAUGAUGUCCCUACCUGCCCUGUUCAACAUUGGCCUCUUGCUGUUUCUGGUCAUGUUCAUUUAUGCCAUUUUUGGCAUGGCUAACUUUGCUUAUGUGAAGAAGGAGUAUGGGAUUGAUGACAUGUUCAACUUCCAAACCUUUGCUAACAGCAUGCUCUGUCUCUUCCAAAUCACCACAUCAGCUGGCUGGGAUGGUCUUCUCAAUCCUAUUUUAAACACCGGACCACCGUAUUGCGACCCAAACCUUCCCAAUGCAAAUGGUUCAAAGGGAGACUGCGGGAGCCCCGCUGUAGGGAUUUUCUUCUUUGUUACGUAUAUCAUUAUAUCAUUUCUCAUUGUUGUAAACAUGUAUAUAGCCAUUAUUUUAGAGAACUUCAGUGUAGCCACUGAGGAAAGUACAGAGCCUCUAAGCGAGGAUGAUUUUGAUAUGUUCUAUGAAAUCUGGGAGAAGUUUGACCCCGAAGCCACUCAGUUUAUUGAGUAUUCUGCACUUUCAGACUUUGCAGACGCGCUGUCAGAACCUUUGCGCAUAGCGAAACCAAACAAAAUCAAACUCAUAGCGAUGGACCUGCCCAUGGUCAGCGGAGACAGGAUCCAUUGCUUGGAUAUUUUGUUUGCUUUUACAAAAAGGGUGCUAGGAGAAUCCGGAGAGAUGGAUGCCCUUAAAAUACAGAUGGAAGAGAAGUUCAUGGCAGCGAAUCCCUCUAAGAUCUCCUACGAGCCGAUUACAACCACUCUCAGGAGGAAGCAAGAGGAGGUCUCCGCCAUCAUCAUCCAGAGGGCCUACAGGAGACAUUUGUUCCGGCGCUCCAUGAAGCAGGCAUCCUACUUGUACCGGCACAGAACUUUGGAAAGCAGCAUCCUGGAGGACGAUGCGCCCGAGAAGGAAGGUCUCAUUGCGUUCAUGAUGAACGAAAACUACGGCAGGCCAAUAGACAAAUCAGAAACUCUGUCCUCCACCUCUUUCCCUCCAUCCUACGACAGCGUCACCAGAGGCACGAGUGAGAACCUCCAGCUGAAGAUAACGGACCUGAGCAAAAGCGAUGAGGCUAUAGAUUGUCUCCUCUCACCUGACAAGGAUAAAGAAUCAAUUGUUUAAAUGUUUGUUUAGAAUGCUUUAAAACAUUGUUUACAGAAUGUAAUGCUGUAACUACACAACGAUUGAAGCAGCCUUCUUAUUAAAAAUUAGUUGCAAAAGAAACAGUGGAGUUUUUACCCUUAACUACAGGAGUCUAAUAAGUCAUAUAACAUUUGACCCUGCUCUUUUUGACUUGGCUCAAUA